AUCUAUUUGCCAUAACCCCAAAGAAGAAGAACUCCGUAGAAGAAGAAGAAGAAGAAUUACUUCCGUCAAUCCGUUGUCCAACAUGGAUACAAGCAGCACUGGAGGCAGACUGGAUAAUGAUGGAGACAUCACUUCAGUUAUGGGAUUCUCUGGCUUUGGAAAGAAAGCCCGCACGUUCGACCUGGACGCCAUUUUUGAACAGACCCGGCGUACAGCCAUCGAAAGGAGUCGACAAGUGUUAGAUGACAGACAGAAAGAAAUGGAGGCGCCAGGGGAAUGCUCAACAUAUGUCCCCAUACAAAAAGACACAGAAAAAGCCUCCAGAAAAGAGGACAUAAACAGCAGCAGUUCAGAUUUCAAACUUGUUGGCCCUCUACCGCAACAAAGAGACUCAAACCAAGUGGAGGAGGAUGAUCUGGUCGGCCCCCCGUUUCCUUUUGGUGACGAAGGCGGCACAACGCAGAGUGACAGCGAAGAUGAUGAAGAGGAGGAAAUUGACGAAGAUACUCCUGUCAAGAGGAUUCCAGACACUCACGAGAUCACCCUGCAACACGGCACCAAAACGGUGUCUGCUAUGGCCUUGGAUCCAUCAGGUGCCCGUCUGGUGACGGGCGGCUAUGACUUUGACGUACGCUUCUGGGAUUUUGCCGGGAUGGACAGAGCUCUCCAGGCUUUCCGCUCCCUCCAGCCGUGCGACUGCCAUCAGAUCCGAGCGUUGCAGUACAGUAUCACUGGGGACCGCAUCUUGGUCGUGUCGGGAAAUGCCCAGGCCAAAGUUUUGGACCGCGACGGCUUUAACGUAAUGGAGUGCAUCAAGGGAGAUCAGUACAUCGUUGAUAUGGUCAACACCAAGGGCCACACUGCGAUGCUCAACGACGGGUGCUGGCAUCCUAAACUGAAAGAGGAGUUCAUGACAUGCUCUAAUGACGGAACUGUGCGGACGUGGGACGUAAAGUCAGAAAAGAAUCACAAGUCUGUCUUCAAGCCUCGUUCUGUCCAAGGAAAGAAGGUCACACCCACAUGCUGUACUUACAGUCGUGACGGGAAGCUCAUAGCGGCUGGCUGUCAGGACGGGACUAUCCAAAUCUGGGACAGAAACCUGAGUGUGCACACAAAGUUCCACUGUCGGCAAGCCCACACUCCAGGAUCCGAUGUCUCUCGCCUUUCCUUUUCCUAUGAUGGCACUGUACUCGCUUCACGUGGAGGUGAUGACACGUUGAAGAUUUGGGAUAUACGCAACUUCAGGAAGCCAUUACACAUGGCUGGUGGACUGACAAACUACUUUGCUAUGACCGACUGCUGUUUUAGCCCAGACGAUCAGCUUGUUGUAACGGGGACCUCUGUGAAAAAAGAUGAGGGCAGUGGGAAGUUGGUCUUCUUUGACCGAAAGACCUUUGAGCAGGUUUACGAGAUUGAAGUUACUAAUGCGAGUGUGGUGCGCUGUCUGUGGCACCCCAAGCUCAACCAGAUCAUGGUGGGAACCGGUAACGGGCUAGCCAAGGUCUACUACGACCCCAUUAAGAGCCACAGGGGGGCAAAGCUGUGCGUGGUGAAGAGCAAAAUCAAAGAGAAGCACGCUGAAGCGCUAACCCAGGAGUAUGUUAUUACACCUCAUGCCUUGCCCAUGUUCAGAGAGGCCCGGCAGAGAAGCACUCGCAAGCAACUGGAGAAGGACCGACUGGACCCCAAGAAGUCCCACAAACCCGAACCUCCCGUGUCAGGACCAGGUCGAGGCGGCAGAGUGGCAGCUCACGGCGGCACCCUGUCUUCGUUUAUCGUGAAGAACAUUGCCUUGGAUAAAACGGACGACAGCAAUGCUCGGGAGGCCAUCUUGCGGCACGCCAAAGAAGCAUCGGAGAACCCGUACUGGGUGGCCCCGGCCUACAAGAAGACGCAACCCAAUCCUGUCUUUGCUGAGGACUCCGAAGAGGAUGAGGAGACCAAUAAGGAGCCAGAGUGGAAGAAGCGUAAGAUCUGACACCUGGGACGUCAGUUUCUUCUAUCCUUUUUUGGACUCCCGGUCACUCCUUUUCAAUAGCUGACAGACCCAGAAAAGAGGUACUGUCCGCUGUUGUCAUUUUUAAUUUGUCCUAUCAAAGCAAAAUACUUUCAGGGAUGGAAAAAAACCUCUCACUUUUGUUGUUUUUGCCAUCAUUUAUCCAUUAUGACUUUCAUCCUUUAGAUUUUCAAUAAACAAAUGAGAAAGCUUGGUCAAAUAAGAAUGGAGUUUUACUGUACUAUAUAAAUCAAAGUAGACUUGCAAGUUGGAGUCUCGUGAUUCCACCACAUGCAAUUCGAGUUAAAGCUGGCGUCAGUAAAUCAUUUAUUUACGAGCUGUUUUUUCCCCACCAUGUAUCAAAAUAUGUACCAGGCUUGCGUAUGUUGUGCAAUGCAUGCAAGAUUGGUCACUUUUUAUUGACUUAAUCUACUGCUAUUUGGUCAUGUGAGAAAAGUUAAACCUCGUUCUGUAAGUACCUACGCUAAGUAGUCAGUAGGUACAUAUUACUUUAUUUUGAAUUAGUUUUGUAAUGCAGGGCCAAUAAUUGAAUUCCGUUCAUCCACUGUAUCUUAAGUUAAGUUAAAGAGACACACCAGUCAUUUUUCAAUAUUUGUCACUGGUUCAUAGAUAACAUCGGUCAAAAUGGGAGGUUGCCCAGGUUAAAGUGUAUCAACAAACUACCAGAUUUGAAACUGGUCACCAUGUGAUGCCAUCAGGGGCAUUACCAGGAGGGGGCAGGGGUGGGCAGUGCCCACCCACAGACACGCUCUGCCCACGUAAAGAAAACUGGAUGUAGUACUAACGGCAGUCUGGGCACCGUGUAAGGUAUCCCAUUCAUAUAGUACUGAUGUGUUCUAAGUUUUAACCUUUGCGUUGUUGUUACCUCCUCUUUCACCAAAAAAAAAAAAAAAAUGUUGGUUUUGUUCCUAGGG